AUGGCGCCCAAGACGCCCCUCUCGUCCGUCCUGCCGCCGCUACUGUUCGGAACCGCCACCUUCAACCACCAGUACAAUAAAGACCCCUACGCCCUCGACACCACCGGCCUGGUGCGCUCCGCCCUCGAGAAGGGAAUCCGCGCCUUCGACACCUCGCCCUACUACGGUCCCUCCGAGUCGCUGCUCGGCGCCGCCCUCUCCACGCGCUUUGUGCGCGCCAACUUCCCGCGCGAAGAAUACUUCCUCCUCACAAAGGUCGGGCGCGUCGCGUCCGACGAGUUCGACUACAGCCCGGAAUGGGUGCGGACGUCGGUAGCCCGCAGUCUGCAGCGGCUGCAGACGCCGUACCUGGACGUUGUAUACUGCCAUGACGUGGAGUUCGUCUCCGACGACGAGGUCAUGGCGGCGGUGGCGGAGCUGCGGCGCAUCCGCGACGAGGAAGGAAGCAUCAAGUACGUUGGCAUCUCGGGCUACCCGGUCGAGACGCUGUGCCGGCUGGCGGAGCGGGUGCUGCGGGAGACGGGCGAGCCGCUAGACGUGGUCAUGAGCUACGCCAACUUCACGCUGCAGAACACGACGCUGGCGACGCAGGGCGUGCGGCGGCUGCUCGCGGCCGGCGUCGACGUCGUGCCCAACGCCAGCCCGCUCGGCAUGGGCCUGCUGCGUCGCGAGGGCGUGCCCGUCGGCAGCAUGGGCGACUUCCACCCGGCCUGCACCGAGCUGCGCCAAGCGGUGCGCGAUGCGUCCGACCUGUGCGACAUGCACGGCGAGCGCCUCGAGGUCAUCGCCAUCCGCUUCGCGCUCGAGACGUGGCUGCACGCCGGCGCCGCCGUGGGUUCGCGCGGUGACCCGGCUUCGGGCGUGCCGUGGAAGCGCGAGAGCAUCGAAGAAGUCGGCGGUCAGAAGCUCGGCGUGAGCGUCAUGGGCGUCAGUCAACCUGCGGAGCUGGAGAAGACGAUGAUGGUGUGGCGCAGCAUUCUCGACGGGCUCGAGGAUGGACAGAGCGUCGCGGACCGUGCAGGGCGGUGGAAGAGGGCUCACGAGUGGAGCCUGAACCGCAAGCGCGCUGUGCAGAUUCUGGCCGAGGGGGUGCAGGAGUGCCUGGGCGACUGGGUCGACUACGCGUGGGACAGUCCGGAUAAGGGCUUCGUCAACCAAAGGACCAAGAGGAAGCAGGCGGAGGAGGGCGACGGAAAGCAGAAGACGCUCAAGGGCAAGGAGGCUGAGGCUGAGGCACCUUGGCUCACCCCUGCCGCCAGCCCCGAGCCUGAAGCACGGGCGGGCGCCAAGGAGCUGCCGUUGAGGUGA